AGAAGACGAGACGAUUUUGAAUGUUUGGAAUGAUGUCAGGCUGAUGCAACAUCAACUGCGACGGACAAGAAUAUAUAGCAACUCAUUAUCUUAGAUCUGCUGCGCUUUCACAAUUUAAUUUCCAUCGGUGGAUGCUGCGAUUUCUCCUCGACCGACAAGACAUAUGGGUUCGUUGGCAACUGCCGAUGUUUGCGACACGAAUGCGGCGCUGCUGCCAAGCGGCGAUCUCCGAAUCCUUCCGCCUGUUUUCCAGAUGUACGGGCAAUGCCGCGCAUUCUCCGGUGAGAUUGUGACUGUGAAGGUGUUGGAAGACAAUGUGUUGGUGAGGGAGCUUCUUGCAACGAAAGGAAAAGGCAGAGUUCUUGUGAUAGAUGGGGGAGGAAGCAUGAGGUCUGCGUUGCUGGGUGGAGUUCUGGCGCAGUUGGCUCAUGACAUGGGUUGGGCUGGGAUUGUCGUCAAUGGCUGUAUACGAGAUGUAGAUGACAUCAACGGCUGUGCCAUUGGUGUAAGGGCGUUGGCGUCGCAUCCCCGGAAACCAUUCAAAAAGGGCACCGGCGAAAAGCACGUGCCCAUUACUAUUGCAGGAACCCUAAUUCACGAUGGGGAGUGGUUGUAUGCAGAUGCUGAUGGCAUCCUCAUUUCCAAAGGGGAACUCUCUAUCUAGCUACUUUCUUUUCUUCUACAUCAUUACCAACUGUUUCUAUUUCCAACUUACCUCGUAUUUUCAAUUUGGUGUGUUGUGAACCCUUUUUCUGUAAUAAAAAUGUAAUUCAAUUAAUGUGAUCAGUGAAUUAGUAUAUAUUUUCAAUUUGAUGUCCAAAAACUUCCAUGUAGCGAAUUGAGACUGUGUAUUGAUGAGGUGAAUGUCCAUCAA